AUGGCCCAGUCCGUGUGGGGCUACGACAGUGACAAUGGACCUGAGCACUGGCAUGAGAACUAUCCCUUGGCCAAGGGAGACAAGCAGUCACCCAUUGAGAUCAACACCAAAGACGUGCAGCACGACUCUUCUCUUGUCUCUUGGCAUGCCAGCUAUGAUCCAGGAGCAGCAAAAACCAUCCUGAACAACGGGCGCACCUGCCGGGUUGUCUUCGAUGACACUUUUGAUCGCUCAGUGCUGAGAGGUGGGCCACUCACUGGAGCCUACCGGCUGCGCCAGCUUCACCUGCAUUGGGGCUCCUCUGACGACCACGGCUCUGAGCAUGUGAUAGAUGGGGUGAAAUAUGCAGCGGAGUUACACAUGGUGCACUGGAAUCCAAAACAUGGCAAUUUUGCUGGAGCUUUGAAACAACCUGAUGGUGUGGCUGUUGUGGGCAUUUUCCUGAAAGUAAGUGGCAAAUAUCCAGUAUUUCUAAUUUUCUGUAUAAUUCUUGAAGAAAUCGAUAACAUUAAGACCAAGGGCAAAGAGGCUCCUUUUAAUCAUUUUGAUCCUUCAAUUCUUUUCCCCAAAUCUCGAGACUACUGGACCUACCAUGGUUCAUUCACUACACCCCCCUGUGAGGAGUGCAUCACUUGGAUUCUCCUGAGGGAGCCAAUUGAAGUCAGCUCAGACCAGAUGGUGAAGCUCCGCAGCCUUUCCAAGAAUGGUGAGAAUGAACCUGUGAACCCCCUGGUUGAUAACUGGCGCCCACCUCAGCCUCUGAAGGGCAGGACAGUGAGAUCCUCAUUCAAGUGA